UGGGAGGGCCGGCCCAGAGGUGGGCGCCGGAAGUCGCGAGUUUGGUCGCAGCGGCGCGAGCCCGAGCUGUGCGUGAGGCCAGGCACGGGGCUGUGGCUCGUCGGAAUCAGUGAAGAAGACUCCGCUCGGAGACAGCUCUUCCUGGCCGAAGCGGCCAUUGGGCCCGAGCCCGAGGGUCCGCAGGCAUGUCUGACAACGAGGACAAUUAUGACGGCGAUGACUUCGAUGAUGUGGAGGAAGAUGAGGGUCUAGAUGACUUGGAGAACCCCGAGGAGGAGGGCCAGGAGAAUGUGGAGAUCCUUCCCUCUGGGGAGCGGCAGCAGGCAAACCAGAAGAGGAUCACGACCCCCUACAUGACCAAGUAUGAGCGAGCCCGGGUCCUGGGCACCCGGGCCCUGCAGAUCGCAAUGUGCGCCCCUGUGAUGGUGGAGCUGGAAGGGGAGACUGACCCACUGCUCAUCGCCAUGAAAGAACUCAAGGCUCGGAAAAUCCCCAUCAUCAUCCGCCGCUACCUGCCCGAUGGGAGCUAUGAAGACUGGGGAGUGGACGAGCUCAUCAUCACGGACUGAGCCCCGGCCCCGGCCCUGGCCCAGCCCGGCCCCUGUCUCCCAGCAGUUUUUGUGUUCUGUUUGUUUUUCUAUAUGGAUAAUAAAGCCUAUUCACCGUC